AAGGUCUUCCAACUUCAAGGUUGCGUCCAUCUGCUCCCCUUUAAUCGGUACUCUUGUCGACUCUCUCACUUGCAUUCUUCUUCAAGAGACUGAAAAGUGGAAACCAUCAAGGCAUGGCCACCCAAACCAACCUUCUCCUUGUCCUCCUUACCUCUCUCCUUCUCUCUUCCCUUCCAAUCACUACCAGAGCUGCUGCAUCUGAGUUGGAGGAUGAACAUGAGUUUACUUAUGAGGAAGGGAGUGAGAAAGGACCGGAGCAUUGGGGAGAGAUCGACCCACAUUGGAGAGUUUGUGGAAAUGGAGAAAUGCAAUCUCCCAUUGAUCUUCUGGACAAGAGAGUGGAAGUAGUUUCUGGUUUAGGAAAAUUGAAGAGGGAUUACCGACCAGCCCCUGCUGCAGUGAUGAACAGGGGUCAUGACAUUAUGAUUGAAUGGAAAGGAGAUGCAGGGAAAAUCAAUAUAAAUCGGACAGAUUACUACCUGAAGCAGUGUCACUGGCAUUCACCUUCUGAGCACACCUUCAAUAAGUCAAGAUACAACCUGGAGUUACACUUGGUUCAUAUUAAUUCAUCUGGGAGGAUUGCUGUUAUUGGAAUUACUUACAAAUAUGGAAGACAUGAUCCGUUCCUUGCGAGGCUUAUCCCUUACUUUGGGUCAGUUGGAUCAGUAGAGAAUGAUGUGGGGAUCAUUAAUCCUGGUGAUAUUAAAUUUGGGAGCAGAAAAUAUUACAGAUAUAUGGGAUCACUUACUGUUCCACCAUGCACAGAGGGAGUUAUUUGGACUAUGGUGAAGAAGGUGAGAACAGCUUCAGAGGAGCAAGUGAGGGCUAUCAGGGAUGCUGUUCAUGAUGGUUUUGAACAAAAUGCAAGGCCUACUCAACAACAAAAUGGAAGAACAGUUCUCUUAUAUACCCCGGGCCCUUUGUGAACGGUGGAGGUUCUGCUUAGACUGAAGCCUGAAAUCCUGAAGAUAAAAUGUUUGUUUAUUAUACCAGUUAAAGUAGUUCAAAUCUCAUCAUCAUUAUCAUGAGCUUGAUCUUGAUUCAUGUUAAUGGGCUUCAUAGAAUGGUGGAGAUCAUUUUUAAGAGUUGCAUAUGACCGAGCUUGGAUUUAUGUAAUGUAGAUUUAUAAAUUAUCAUGAGCUUGAUCCUGAACAUCAAAUCACAGGAUUCCA